AUGAGCUUCAUCAAUAUAUACAAGUUUUUUCUGCAUUAUGUAUUGAAGCUAGCUGGGAUAAGGCCUCAAAAGAUAGAGAUAGAGUCGGGAACGAUUCUCAAUAUUUGGGUCCCAACCGAAACAACCCAAAAGCCUGCCGUCGUCUUCCUCCAUGGAUUUGCCCUCGACGGCAUCUUAACAUGGCAUUUUCAGGCAUUAGCUUUAGCCAAAGAUUACUCUGUUUAUGUCCCAGAUUUCGUCUUCUUCGGCGAUUCCAGCACCGACAGGACCUUGAGAUCGGUGGAGUUUCAGGCCGAGUGCAUUGCUAAAGGGUUGAAGAAACUAGGUGUCGAAAAAUGUAUCUUGGUCGGUUUUAGUUAUGGAGGAAUAGUUGGUUUUAAGAUAGCUGAGGUUUACCCUGAGUUGGUCGAGUCCAUGGUGGUCAGCUGCUCGGUUAUUGCUUUGACUGAGUCGAUCAGCAAAGCCCGACUCGAUCAUUUAGGGUUCAAAAGAUGGGCAGAUUAUUUGCUUCCUGACUCAGUCGAGGGUGUUGAAACUCUCCUUCAACUUGCUUCAGAGAGUUUUCCAAAGUUGCCGAAUUGGAUUUACAAAGAAAUUUUGGAGGGAAUUUGUACUUUUAGAAAGGAGAAAGUGGAACUCCUACAAGCUUUGGUCAUCAGCGACGAAGAAUUUACUCUCCCUAGUUUCCAUCAGAAGAUAUAUCUUUUGUGGGGGAGGAAUGAUCGGAUUUUUGACUUGGAUACUGCCAUCUGCGUAAAAGAGCAAAUUGGAGAAAAAGCGAGUGUAGAAUACAUAGAAAAAACAGGUCAUCUAGUUCAUCUAGAACGCCCAUUCACGUAUAACAUAUGCCUUAAGAAAAUUAUGGCUUCUCUAUCAUCUUCAAAAGCAAAUGUAUAG